AAAUCUUUUAUGUCUUCAAUUUUUGUGUAUGUAGGUUUUCAGGGGAAAAGAGUAUGAUAACAUGGAGUUUGAUCGGAUGGUGAAUAAGUUGACCAAGAAUUAUUACACCGAAUUGCAAUUCCUCUUUGUUGAAAGCUCAUUUGAGUACUAUUGUUUGAUUCUUUUAUAUCUUUGAUUGAGGCAUGAUUUUGUCCCUCUAAUUUUUUUAUAUACAAUAAAUAUAUAAUAAACAAUGAAAUAUUAGGGUAAGGUAAGUAAGUCUGAUUUUUUAGCAUUUCUCAGCUGCCACUGAGUUUUGGUUCUUUGUUUCUCUUUCUCUCCCUUUCAAUUUUAAUAUCAAUAUCAAUUUUUCAACAUAAAGUAACUAUUAACAUUGAAUAUUGUUAUCAAAGUACAAGAGUGAAAGAGAAAGAAAUUGUUGUGUGCGUGCGUGCGUGUGUGUAUUCAUUACACACAAUUAUGUCUUUCUCUAGCACAAUAAUCCGACCACGUAUGUUGUUGGGACAAACAACAAGAUUCAACAACAAUGAUGCAUUCACACUCUCCCACGUUGUUCAACCACAACCACUUGUACGAGGUUCUUGUUCCUUCUCACUCUCAACGACCCGCCACAUUGGUUUUGUUUCAAAAUUCGACCAAACCUGUUCUUCUGCUUCACCUAUCAUGGAGGAUGAGGAUCAGAAAAAGUUUAGUUUUUUCUCCAAAUCAGAAAAAGAAGAUGAUGAAGAAUAUUCCAAGGAAUUGGAUGUUGCUGUCAGAGCAGUGCAAAUGGCUUGUUCACUUUGUCAGAGAGUGCAGGAGAGUUUGAUUUCCAAAACCAAUCAUCAGGUUCAGUCUAAGGAUGAUAAUUCUCCUGUUACUGUUGCUGAUUGGAGUGUCCAAGCAGUUGUGAGCUGGAUAUUAUCUGAGUGUCUAGGAAGCGAAAAUAUCUCAAUUGUAGCUGAAGAAGAUGUUCAAACUCUCUCCAAAUCUAAUGCAUCUGAACUAUUAGACUCUGUGGUUAAAACUGUGAAUGAUUGCCUAGCUGAAGCGCCUCGAUUUGGUGUUCAGAAGCCAAAAUCACCACUUGGAAAUUCAGAAGUUCUCGAUAUUAUAAGUCGCUGCAACUCAACCGGUGGUCCAUCUGGAAGAUUUUGGGUACUAGAUCCUGUUGAUGGCACACUCGGGUUUGUUCGUGGCGAUCAAUAUGCUGUAGCUCUAGCGCUCGUAGAGGAUGGAGAAGUAGUGCUUGGUGUUCUUGGCUGUCCAAAUUACCCUAUGCGGAAGGAAUGGUUAAGUUAUCAACACCGGUAUCAUAGGAUUGUAUCGAAGUUGACUCCUCCAACUUCUGAAAGUUGGAACAAAGGUUGUGUGCUAUAUGCUAAAAAGGGUACAGGAAAGGCUUGGAUGCAACCAUUGCUACAUGUGAAUAAGAUGUUUGUGUGGCCAAACCAUGCAAUACAAAUUUUUGUCUCUAACAUUGACAAUCCAGCUUUGGCCACUUUUUGUGAACCAGUUGAGAAGGCCAAUUCAAGCCAUUCUUUUACUGCAGGACUUGCUCACAGUGUUGGUCUCAGGAAACAACCAUUAAGAGUAUACAGCAUGGUAAAAUAUGCAGCAAUAGGUCGUGGAGAUGCAGAGGUAUUCAUGAAAUUUGCAAGGGCAGGUUACAAGGAGAAAAUAUGGGAUCAUGCUGCAGGUGUUAUUAUCAUACAAGAAGCUGGUGGAGUGGUAACAGAUGCUGGAGGGUGUCCCCUAGACUUCUCAAAAGGAUUAUAUUUAGAAGGCUUAGAUCGCGGUAUAAUUGCUUGUUCUGGAGCCUCAUUGCAUGGAAAGAUCAUUGAUGCUGUUGAUGCUAGCUGGGGCUGUUCCAGCCUUUGAGGCUGCUUCUAACCAUAAAUAUAAAUGUAUAUACUUAACAAUUAAUGUUAAUAAUUUUCAACUCUAAGUUUUGGUUUUGCAUAAUACUAUAUGCAUUGACAUAUUGGUAACAUAAUUUUGUUUCGAAGUAUACUUCCAGAUACAUGUGGGAAGUCAGGAUUGGAAAAAGGAAACUUCCAUUUUUUGGUUGUGAGCAAGUGAACAGGAAUGUGUUAUAAGAUGAGUCUGCUUGGAAAUUCAAUUCAUUUUGAAUAAGUAUACUGCCAGUUUUUUUGGUCGGGAUUUGAAUCCCGGACCUUGCA